GUGCCCGGGAAGUGUUGGGAAAGGGCAGGAAAGCUUUCCGUGGGUGGACCCGGUCCCCGCGCCACGCCUCCCGGGAGCAGCCACCGCUGCAGCCGGAGGGAACUGCGGGCACCGGGAAGGACGGAGGAGGAGGAUACGGGAACUCGAGGGUCAUGGCAGGAAAAGCCCACAGGCUGAGCCCAGAGGAGAGGGAGCAGCUGCUACCAAACCUGAGAGCUGUGGGGUGGAACGAGGUGGAAGGCAGAGAUGCCAUCUUCAAAGAGUUCCACUUCAAGGACUUCAACCGGGCCUUUGGCUUCAUGACCAGAGUGGCUCUACAGGCAGAAAAACUGGAUCACCACCCUGAAUGGUUCAACGUGUAUAAUAAGGUUCACAUAACCUUGAGCACCCAUGAGUGUGGAGGCUUAUCGGAGCGAGACAUCAACUUGGCCAGCUUCAUCGAGCAGGUUGCAGCUUCUCUCUCCUGA